AUGUCCACUUUCUUCACUUUAGCAAACGGUAACAAAAUCCCAGCCAUCUCCAUCAUUGGGAUUGGUACUCAAUGGUUCAAUGGUACAAAAGAUCCAAAGAUUCAUGAAGCUUUAGUUACUCAAUUGAAACAUGCUUUAUCCUUACCAGGUAAAAUUCAUAUUGAUGCUGCUGAAAAUUACCAAAGAUAUAAUGAGUUAGCCAAAGCUUUAAAAGAAACUGAUAAACCAAGAGAUGAAAUUUGGAUCACUGAUAAAUAUUCAAAAUUUGCUGCUACACCUGUUGAUCAUCUUAAUGAAACUUUGAAAACUCUUGAUAUUGAAUAUGUUGAUUUAUAUUUGAUCCAUGAUCCAUUCUAUGCUGGAAAGGAAUUUGAUAUCAAACAAGCUUGGAAAUAUGCUGAACAAUUAUAUAAAGAAGGUAAGGCUAAAAACAUUGGUGUUUCAAAUUUUGCUGUUGAUGAUUUAAAACAAAUUUUAGAAAUUGCUGAAAUUAAACCACAAGUUAAUCAAAUUGAAUAUAAUGCAUUUUUACAAAAUCAAACCCCUGGUAUUUAUCAAUUUGCUAAAGAAAAUAACAUCUUAUUAGAAGCUUAUUCUCCUUUAGCUCCAUUAAGUACAAGAAAUGGUGAAACUAGUGAAUUUUAUGAAGUUGUUGAAUCAUUAGCUAAGAAAUAUGGUAAAGAUCAAGGUCAAGUUUUAUUAAGAUGGGUUUAUCAAACUGGUGUUUUACCAGUUACAACGUCAUCAAAGACUGAAAGAAUUACUAAAGCUUCACAAAUUUUUGAUUUUGAAUUAACUAAUGAUGAAGUUUCUCAAAUUAGUAAAUUAGGUAAUGAGCACAAAACUGUUCGUCAAUAUUGGACUAAUGAGUAUUCUAAAUCUGAUUAA